AUGGUCAAGCCGCUCUCCGCCCUCGCCCUUGCGGGUCUUGCUGUUGCCCAGAACAACGCCGCUCCUGACCUUGUAACCGCUCUUACUGGUGCUGCCAGCGAGCUCUCCACACUGGCAGGACUCGUCCCAGCGAGUAUUCUCACGACGUUGAGCAGCCUCCAGAACAUUACUCUUCUUGCUCCCUCCAACGCUGCUUUCGCAAAGGUCAACAAUGCUACCCUGGGUGCCCUUACUGCCAACCCAGGCCUUCUCUCUGCUCUUCUGACAUACCAUGUCUUGAACGGAACAUUUGCUUCCACCGCCAUCACAGAGGACAGUGUUUUCGUCCCAACUCUAUUGACAAAUACUUCGUACGCCAAUGUCACCGGCGGCCAGCGUGUAGAGGUUGAGGAGGAGGAUGACAAAGUUGUCUUCUACAGCGGUCUGGGUAUGAACUCAACCGUUACCACAGCUGACGUAAGGUUCUCCGGCGGUGUAAUCCACAUCAUCGACACUGUUCUCUCUAUCCCACCCGCUGCCAGCGAUGCCCUCACCGCCGGAGGUCUAACCUCCCUCCGCGGCGCCCUUGUCCGCGCCAACCUCGUCGACACCGUAAACACCACCCCAGACGUCACCAUCUUCGCGCCCAACAACGAUGCUUUCAAGAACAUUGGCUCUGCCCUUCCUAAUCUCACCACCGAGCAACUCACUAGUAUCCUAACCUACCACGUCGUCGCCGGCACUGUCGGCUACAGCGCCGGUCUCACAAACGGCACCAAGCUCAAGACCGUCAACGGCGCUGAACUCACCAUCACCAUUGACGACGACGAUGUCUUUGUCAACGAUGCUCGCGUUAUCAUGACCGAUGUCCUCAUUGGCAACGGUGUCGUGCACGUCAUUGACGAGGUGCUCAACCCCAACAACGCUACCAUUGCCUCCCCUGAUGCCGAUGAGGGCGACCCUGCCUUCGAGGGUGCUACUCCCGUCUCCGACGCCCCAUUCACCUCUGGCCAACCUACACCCACUGUUGGCUUGGCUCCUGGAUCUGGAUCUGGUGCUGGUGGUGCUGGUGGUGCUGCCGCCAACCCGACUAGCUCCGGUCCUCCUCAGGCUACCACCAACGCUGCGGUCAAGGGCGCUGUUGGUGUGGGUGCGCUGUUUGGCGCCGCUGCUGUUUACCUUUUGUAA